AUGGACUGACCAAAUCCUUUCCCAUUUCUCGUCUAUUCUUUUCAUUUCUUCCCUUUCACACCGUCCUCGUCCCGAUUUCCUCGCAUAGCUCGCGGGAAGACUGCAGCAAUGGCGAUUUCCCUAACAACGUCGACCAUCUCAUCCUUCAAUCUGGACCGUCAGACUGCUUUCCAAUUCUCCAAGCUCUCUCCGUCGACGUCUCUGCGAUUCGCCCCGUUUCGGCGCCUUCCGUUUGGAAACCGCAAGUCCUUGUCCUUUACUCGGCCUCGUCGGAUUCUUCCUCGUGUUGAAGCAAAGAAGCAAAAAUUUUCUUCAUUUGAUGAAAUGCUGGCAAAUUCUGACAAGCCUGUAUUAGUCGACUUUUAUGCAACAUGGUGUGGUCCAUGCCAAUUCAUGGGUCCUGUUCUCAAUGAAGUCAGCAAUUUAUUGAAAGAUAAGAUCCAAGUGGUCAAAAUUGAUACGGAGAAGUACCCAAGCAUCGCCGACAAAUACAGAAUAGAGGCGCUACCCACAUUCAUUAUUUUUAGAGAGGGGCAGGUCUGCGAUCGCUUUGAAGGUGCUUUGACUGCAGAUAAGCUAAUCCAACGCAUCCAGGAUGCACUGAAAGUUUCACAAUAGCAUACGCAGUGAGCGUUUUUAUGUAACUAUGUUGGUUGUUACAUUCUUGUUGUUUGUUUUGUUUUCUUUCUUGUUGUCUUCUUACCUGAAUUGCAGCAACCAAUUUUCGAUUAUUCUGUAGUAACCAGAUCUAAGACAUCUGGGUACUGGACCACAGCUCCAUAUCUCGCACUGAUUGAUCAGAUAUUACUGUAUCAAAUUCAUUAAACAUGAAACUACAAUGGAAAUGAUAUUGGGUUGAA